AUGAGACUGUCUACCUCUGCCCUUGCCUUGGGCGCAGCUACCGCCGUUGCUGGCCUGGACCAGCAGCACGUCCUCGGUGGCGACAGCUACGAGUCCAUCAAGGUCGCCGGCGAGUCCUGGAUGAAUGUCUUCGAGGAGAAGUUCCACGACAUCACCUCCGAGGCCAAGGCCGUUUGGGACGAGAUCACUCUUCUCGCCCCCGAGGCCGUCGAGGCCUUCAAGAAGACGGCCAAACUGUCCCAGCCCAAGCCCCAUGUCCGCAAGCCUGAUUCGGCCUGGGACCAUGUUGUCAAGGGCGCCGAAAUCCACGACCUAUGGGUCGAGAAGGAGGCCGGCGAGAAGCACCGCCAGUACAGCGGCCACCUCGAGAACUACAGCCUCCGCGCCAAGAAGGUCGACCCUUCCAAGCUCGGUAUCGACAAGGUCAAGCAAUAUAGCGGCUACCUCGAUGACGAAGAGAAUGACAAGCACCUGUUCUACUGGUUCUUCGAGUCCCGCAAUGACCCCAAGAACGACCCCGUCGUUCUCUGGCUCAACGGUGGCCCUGGCUGCUCUUCCCUGACCGGCCUCUUCAUGGAGCUCGGCCCCGCCAGCAUCAACAAGAAGCUCGAGAUUGUCAACAACGAGUGGUCUUGGAACAAUAACGCUUCGGUCAUCUUCCUUGACCAACCUGUGAACGUUGGCUACUCGUACUCCGGAUCUGCCGUCUCCAACACGGUUGCCGCCGGAAAGGAUGUUUACGCUCUCCUGACUCUCUUCUUCCACCAGUUCCCCGAGUACGCCAAGCAGGACUUCCACAUCGCCGGCGAGUCGUACGCUGGCCACUACAUCCCCGUGUUCGCCUCCGAGAUUCUGUCUCACGAGAACCGCAACGUCAACCUCAAGAGCGUUCUCAUCGGCAACGGUCUGACCGAUGGCUGGACGCAGUAUGCCCAGUACCGCCCCAUGGCUUGCGGCGACGGCGGUUACCCCUCUGUCGUUAGCGAGAGUGAGUGCCAGGCCAUGGACAACGCCCUUCCCCGCUGCCAGCAACUCAUCAACAACUGCUACGAGUCCGGCAGUGUUUGGUCGUGCGUGCCUGCCAGCAUCUACUGCAACAACGCCCUGAUUGGCCCCUACCAGCGCACCGGCCAGAACGUCUAUGACGUCCGCAGCAAGUGCGAGGACAGCAGCAACCUCUGCUACUCCGCCCUCGGCUGGAUCAGCGAGUACCUCAACCAGGACAAUGUUAUUGAGGCUUUGGGUGCCGAGGUCUCCAACUACGAGAGCUGCAACUUUGACAUCAACCGCAACUUCCUCUUCGCCGGUGACUGGUUCCAGCCCUUCCACCGCCUGGUUCCUGGUCUGCUCGAGAAGAUCCCCGUGCUCAUCUACGCCGGUGAUGCUGACUACAUCUGCAACUGGCUCGGCAACCGUGCCUGGACUGAGGCUCUCGAGUGGCCUGGCCAGAAGGGCUUCAACAAGGCUGAUAUCAAGAGCCUGACGGUCGCGGACGACAAGAAGGGCAAGGAGUACGGCAAGGUCAAGUCCAGCGGCAACUUCACCUUUAUGCAGAUCUACGGCGCUGGCCACAUGGUUCCCAUGGACCAGCCCGAGUCUUCGUCGGACUUUUUCAACCGCUGGUUGAGCGGUGAGUGGAACGCCUAA